CUCUCUUUCUUUCUUUCACCUCUUUUAAUUUCUUAUAUUAAUCACCAUCGAAUGACCCCAAUGGAAUCAUUAUUAAGCGCAAUUGAUAAAGCAGAUCCUAUUCAGCUUCCGUUGCCUAGGAAGCGUAAAGCAAGUAUGUCUAUUGACCAUAUCAUUGAGAAAAGACAAUACUCUCCUCCUCAAUCACCCAAAAGUUGUCAUAAAAUCAUUUGUUAUCAUGCAUCUGUUGCUCAGAAAUCAUAUGGUACAGAGAAACGAUUCUUAUGCCCACCACCUAUUGUCAUGACAACACCAAACCAAUCCUCUACUGUCGUUUCUAUGUCAAUUAUCAAUGAUCAAAACCAACCAACAUUGGAACAACGUGCCGUAUUGGAUGAUGAAAGCAAAGGAUACUUUAAAUAUUUAUUUGUGAAUUCAGCGACAAAGCAGAAGCAAUUCAAAUUGAAAAUCAAUUUGCAAGAUUUAACGUUUUAUUCAAAUCCUAUUUCAAUCAUUUCAAAGCCAUCAAAAAAGACUGCCAAGAUCACAAGGAAUGCCUCAAGCUGUUUAUUUAAUCAUUCCAUCAUUUCAUUGUUUAAUAGAAUCAAUUCUCAAACUGUACGUACAAAAUAUAUGUCAUCCGAUAAUCAUCAAUUAUGCGCCAAACACGCUUCAUGGUCUCCAUUCGAAAUCAUUGUAACAAGACAACCACAGCAACAACAACAACCAUAUCCCCAUCACCAUUCGACCGCCAUCACAUUUGGUACAGAAAUUAUUCUAAAAGAUAUCCAUACUGGCACUACCUCCCCUCCUUUAAUCCUUCGUAAGGUCGAAAAAGGUCAAAUCGUUCAUGAUGCCACUGGUCUGCUCUCUCAAAUGCAAAAGGUCGCUCUUCAAUUAGCUAAUGCCCCUCACCAAUACUUAAAUUCCAAUGGAAAAUCAAUGCAUCCAACUGAAGCAAGCGGUAAUGUUUUUAUUGACUUUUCAAGUUCAACAAUGAAUGACCAGCAACAUGAGCUUGUUGAUGAUUACCUAUGCUGGACUAUCGUCGGCAUCUCACGGUUUGAAUAUGAAUACCAACACAGCACAUUUAUGCCCAUACAGCACCCUCAUUCUCCUCCUCCUUCACCGCCAAGAACAAUCAUUCCUUUUCCUAUCAUUAAAUCAAUAGAAUAUAUACCUUCUACACAUAAGCUCAAACUAUCCAACCUAGAGCAUUCUCUUGAUUACUGGCUAGGCAGACAUGGUCCACUCAAAAAGAACGCAUCCACACAAGAAAUUGAACUACCUGAUAUUCAAGAAGUCAUCCUUAAUAACCAUGAUCUACUUGUUGUAAAGUCAGAUGGAAAACGAUACCUGGAGCUUCCUCUUUUACUAUCAAGGCACGAUGGUUUCAUCUACCACUCUUCCAAACUGCUAUCCUACGAAUUUGUCCUUAACUCUCCUGAAUCAGGCGUAUGGUCCUUACUGGACGCUAUGUUACACAAAAGAUAAGCAAUCAUUUGAUCUUAUCAAACGUUGUGCGUGGGA